AAAAUAAGUUUCACAGUCCUGGUCUGCGAACUGGUCUUCACAUGUUCUUCCCAUAAUGAGUACCGUCACUCUGAGAUGGAUAGGGGAUUUAGAUCAAGACAAACGUGAACAAGCUGGGUGUGUCAGUUCUUCAAGUGACCAAUAUCGUCCCAAAAAGAUAGAACUAAAGCCUGGCCAAAAAGAAAUCCGCAUUGGACGUAUUAACACGAAAAUUCCCCCUGACUAUCCAAUCGAAAGCUGCAUUAACAGCCGAAUGAUAUCACGAAAUCAUGCAACGAUAGAACGCUCGGCGAAGGGAGGUUCAAUCCUCUAUGAUCAUAGUAUGAAUGGGACCUACGUCAACUAUACAAGAGUUAUGGGUGGUGUAACGCUAAAACAUGGAGAUAUUGUGUGUUUUGGGCAUUUAAAUGGCGCAAACCUUAAGCCUGGGGAGCCAGUAGCUCUCUUUUAUUCCGACUUGAAGUAUCGAGUGGAGCUAAGUGAUUCCCCAACUAAGGAAAAUGUUGUAACUGGAACAGCCAAAAAACGCAAGUCGUAUCCGGCUCAGCCAGGUUCAACAGUGUCCUCUACUCAACGUUCUGAUGGGGAAGAUGAUUCUAUUGGAUCUAGUGACGAGUCCACGGAUGCCAAACGACCUAGAAGUAAUACAACUUCAAGUGCACAACGCACAGCUAACCGUCAAAAAUUCAAAAAGCCUGCUAGUUCAAAUCGUCAUAAGGUAGAUGAAGAGGAUGAUGGAGACAGUAAUGAUGAUGCUGAUGAUAGCUCAAGCAACAAACGAUUAAGUUCUGCAGGCUCCAAAACCAUCAAAAAACGUUCAAACGGUACGGACAGAGUUAAAAAGUCUCAUUCUAAUUCUGUUUCACGCAAGUCUGGUGGAACAAAACCCGGUCAUAUACAUAAUAAAGAAAAACGCCGUUCUGGAAAAUCUAGCAAAUCUGGAGGUUUCGAUGCGGAAGAUGAUGCUGGUGGGGGUGAUAUGUUUCAUUAUGACAGUGAAGAGUGUUCAGCUAGACCAUGCAAGCAGCCUCAAGAUAUAGCUAUAGAUUGGAUUCAAUGUGAUCGUUGUACUCUAUGGUAUCAUCAAGAUGUUAUCGAGUCUUAUUUAGAAUUGAAAUUACACUCACUUCGUUCAUCCGAUUCGAAGUCAAUAAAUCCUCAUACUGUAACAAAAGUGCAGCCACUUGAUGAUCAUGUGAAUUUAUGUGAGUUUGUUAAUCUUUUUUUCGGUUAAAUUUUUCCUGGGAAUAAUUUUAAUGAGAUCAUGUAGAAAAAUAUUCCUCAGUUUAUUGUAAAUCAAUAUUGAUUGAACCAUCCCAAUAAAUUUAAAGUUGAAGACUGACAUCAACUGAAGAACCAUUGAACAUUGAAGGGAACUGUAUUGAAAUCACCAGUCGACCCAAGUCAUACAACCGUUGGAAAUUAGGAACAAUAGAACAGAUGUUUCGCUAUGUUUAUGGAAUUCCUCUUCCGUGCUUAUCCACGACCCUACCGUAGAUUGAGGCCGGAACCUGCUAUAGCCAGUAUAGUUCUACUAGGACAUCACGACAGGUAAGUUUUAAUUAGAACUUUGGAGUCUCAUGCCAUUGACAUAUUCUGUCUCAUAAACGUGUAUACAGA